AUGAACCAACAUACUGACAAGGAGCUAGAGCUGCAAGCUCCAGAUCCCGCUGCUGCUGCCGUUGCGCCAACCAAUGGCGAACGUCGCGAGGAUGCUGGUUUCGUAACACCGGUCCAGGAUGUUAGCCUAAGCAAGACCAUCGACGAGAAGAUUCCGCCCUUUGCUGCCGACCACAACGUACAGGACGAACAAAAUGCAGUGCUGGCACAGACCCGGAGUCAUGCUACAUCUGCCAGCGUUGCUACCACGAAGCAAAGGAAGCCAUGGUACCAAACCUGGAAUCCAUUGCGCUGGGGUGCGAUCCCCCCCAUUCCCAAAGAGCCCAUCGUCUCGCGCGAAGCCAAGGCAGGGCUCUGGAGUAAACUGACAUUCUCUUGGAUGGGACCCAUCAUGACCGCCGGUUACAAGAGGCCCUUGCAUAAGAACGACAUAUGGACUGUGCAUCCAAGCCGUUCUGCAGAGCCUUUGACGGCCAAGGUGCAAGAGUCAUUCAAGCAGCGUGCAGCUAGAGGCGACAAGUACCCCCUAUUUUGGUCCCUCCACGAAGUUUUCUUCUUCGAGUUCUACUUUGGUGCUGGUGCGGCAGUUCUAGCCGUUAUCCUGCAAUGUGUUGGCCCAUUUGCACUCCGAUUCCUCAUCCAAUUCGCCGCAGAGGCCUGGGUUGCCAACGAACGAGGAGACCCCGCCCCUCCUUUGGCUGAAGGGAUUGGCUGGGCCAUAGGAAUCACAACCAUUCUCAUCCUGCAGAGUCUGGGAAUUGGUCACUUCAUGUACAACGGCAUGAUGGUCGGAGGCCAAAGCCGAGGUGUCCUGAUCGGGCUCAUCUAUGAGAAGGCUAUGGUCAUCUCGUCUCGAGCUAGGGCUGGUGACCAUGCUGAGGCCGACAAGGCGCAGGAGGAGGCCAACAACGACCAGAAAGAUAAGAAAGGGAAGAAGAACAAAAACGAUGUUCCGGUCAGAGACGGCCUUGGCUGGGGGAACGGACGCAUCAUCAACCUCAUGAGUGUGGACACGUACCGUAUCGACCAAGCCAACGGCAAUUUCCACCUAGUCUGGGCUGCGCCACUCGCAGUAUUGAUCACUAUCGCCCUUCUCAUCGUCAAUUUAACAUAUAGCGCUCUUGCUGGUUUUGCUCUCAUUGCUAUUGCAAUGCCGCUCCUUGGCCGUGCUGUUCGGAGCCUUCUCGCCCGCCGCAGCAAUAUCAACCGUAUCACCGAUCAGAGGGUGUCACUCACGCAAGAAAUCCUGCAGGCUGUUCGCUUCGUCAAGUUUUUCGGUUGGGAAAAGGCUUUUAUGGACAGGUUGGGAGAAGUUCGCCGCAAGGAAAUUCGUGCUAUCCAGUAUCUGCUCGCGCUGCGCAAUCUCAUCAAUGCCGUGAGCAUGGCGAUGCCGCUUUUUGCGUCUAUGGUUGCCUUCAUCUGCUUUUCCCUGACCCAGAACACCAUGCCACCCGCUGAAAUAUUCUCGUCGCUAGCGCUUUUCAACACCCUGAGAGUCCCUCUAAACCUGCUGCCUCUGGUCAUCGGCCAGGUUGCUGACGCAUGGGGCUCUAUGGCUAGGGUUCAGGAGUUCCUUCGUGAAGAGGACCAGGAGGAGACUGCCGUUAUGGAUGAUAAGAUCGCACAUGCCGUGGACGUACGAGACGCUUCUUUUACUUGGGAGAGGACUCGCACCCAGGACUUUGAGACUGAUGAUGAAAAGGGCUUGAAAGGCAAAGCGCAGACGGAUGCUAAGAAGUCAACCUCCACAGAAGAAGGCAGCACUCUUCUGAAAGAACGGGAGCCCUUCAAGUUGCACGAUCUCAGCUUCCAGGUCGGCAGAAACGAGCUCGUUGCUGUUAUUGGGAGUGUUGGUAGUGGCAAGAGCUCACUUUUGGCAGCACUCGCCGGCGAUAUGCGUCAAAUGACUGGCCAGGUGACCUUCGGUGCCAGCAAGUCUUUCUGCCCACAAUAUGCAUGGAUUCAGAACGCAACGCUGCAGGAGAACAUCACUAUGGGAGGAGACAUCGAUAAAGAGUGGUAUCGAGAUGUCAUUCAUGCAUGUGCUCUUCAAGCCGAUCUGGACAUGUUGCCUCAUGGCGAUGCCACUGAGAUUGGCGAACGGGGUAUUAAUAUCUCCGGUGGCCAGAAGCAACGUCUCAACAUUGCAAGAGCUAUCUACUUUAAUGCAGAUAUCGUGCUCAUGGAUGAUCCCCUUAGUGCCGUCGACGCCCAUGUUGGCAGGCAUAUUUUCGAUAAUGCAAUCCUUGGGCUCCUCAAAGACAAGUGCAGGAUUUUAGCAACCCAUCAACUCUGGGUUCUGAGACGCUGCGAUCGCAUUAUCUGGAUGGAGAACGGCACCAUUCAAGCCGUUGAUUCCUUUGACCAUCUUUUACAAGGCAAUGCCGCAUUUCGAACUCUAAUGGAGACAACGGAUUCCGACAAGAAGGACCAAGUCGACGCGAACCAAACGCAUGCUGUGGCGCUCAGAGACGAAGACAAGGACAAAGAUGAUAAGGACAAGCAAGCCGCCCUUAUGCAGCAAGAGGAGCGUGCUACUGCGUCUGUGUCUUGGUCAGUCUAUGGGGCCUUCAUCAGAGCAUCGGGGAGUCUUUUCAACUUACCAACCAUCCUGUUCCUGCUGCUGCUAUCCCAGGGAACGAACAUCAUGACCAGUCUCUGGCUAUCCUACUGGACGUCGGGAAAGUUUGGCUUAGCAACGGGAGUCUAUAUAGGCGUCUUUGCUGGGCUGGGAUUCCUUCAAGCGUUGAUGAUGUUUGUCUUCUCCGUCUCUCUGACAGUUCUUGGAACACGAUCCAGCAAGAUCAUGCUCAAACAAGCCAUUUCAAGGGUGCUACGAGCACCUAUGUCAUUCUUUGACACGACCCCGCUAGGCCGUAUCACGAACCGUUUCUCCAGGGACGUGGACGAGAUGGAUAACAAUCUUGCGGAUGCUCUGCGAAUGUACCUCUUCACCAUCGCCAUGAUCACAUCGGCCUUUGGUCUAACUAUUGCUUUCUUCCCAUUCUUCGCUGUGGCCCUCGUGCCACUUUAUAUCAUGUUCAUCUUGUCAGCUGGCUAUUACCGCGAAUCAGCACGCGAAGUCAAGCGUUACGAAUCUGUGCUGCGUUCCAAUGUCUUUGCUAAGUUCAGCGAAGGCCUCACUGGCGUUGCGACGAUUCGCGCCUACGGACUCAAGGACCAUUUCGUUGAGGAUCUGAGGAAGUCUAUUGACGGAAUGAACUCUGCUUACUACCUGACCUUUGCUAACCAGCGGUGGCUGUCUAUCCGGCUCGACACCAUUGGCAAUCUACUGGUCUUUACUGUGGGCAUUCUAGUGGUGACAUCACGGUUCAGCGUGAAUCCCUCCGUUGGCGGUCUUGUGCUCAGCUACAUCUUGGCUAUUGUUCAAAUGCUGCAGUUCUCUGUUCGCCAGUUUGCCGAAGUUGAGAACGGAAUGAAUGCUGUCGAGCGCUUGCAUUACUAUGGCACGAAGCUGGAAGAGGAGGCGCCUGAGCAUACUAUUGAAGUUAGGCCUAGUUGGCCCGAGAAAGGCGAGAUUGUCUUCGACAACGUGGAAAUGCGAUACCGAGAGAACCUCCCUCUUGUGUUGACCGGUCUUAGUAUGCACAUUCAAGGAGGUGAACGGAUUGCUGUGGUAGGCCGCACGGGGGCUGGUAAGAGUUCCAUUAUGAGCACGCUCUUCCGACUGGUGGAGGUCUCUGGUGGCUCUAUAACCAUUGACGGGCUUGAAAUCUCGACAAUUGGAUUGCAUGAUCUGCGUUCACGUCUUGCUAUCAUCCCACAGGAUCCGACGCUCUUCCGUGGAACGGUUCGGAGCAACCUGGACCCGUUCAAUGAGCACACCGAUCUGGAGCUAUGGUCGGCCCUCCGCCAGGCUGACUUGGUGCCUGCGGAGACGAAAGACGUCGACUAUAAGAUGGAUUCGUCCAGGAUUCAUCUCGAUAGUAUCGUUGAAGAAGAGGGCCUUAACUUCUCCCUGGGCCAGCGUCAACUCAUGGCUCUUGCCCGCGCGCUCGUGCGCAAUUGUCAGAUCAUCGUGUGCGACGAGGCAACGUCCUCCGUGGAUAUGGAAACAGACGAUAAGAUUCAGAACUCUAUUGCCACCGGGUUUAGGGGCAAGACCCUUUUGUGUAUCGCCCACCGCCUGCGUACUGUUAUCGGUUACGACCGCAUCUGCGUUAUGAACGCGGGCCGCAUCGCCGAGCUGGACACGCCGCUCAAACUGUGGCGCAAGGACGGCAUUUUCAGAGGCAUGUGUGAUAGGAGUGGGAUUCGCGUGGAGGAUAUCACGAGAGCGAUGGAAGACCUUGCGGCGCUGAGGGAGGCUGAGCCGAGUGACCCCUCGUACUCGGGGGACGAGAAGGAAGAGUGA